AUGCCUAAAAAUAAGGGAAAAGGAGGUAAGAACAGAAGAAGAGGAAAGAAUGAGAAUGAUUUUAUGAAGCGUGAACUAGACACUAAAGAUGUUGGACAAGAGUAUGGUCAGGUUUCUAAAAUGCUUGGUAAUGGACGGGUGUUGGCAUUUUGUUUCGAUGGAAAACAAAGAGUAUGUCAUAUACGAGGAAAAUUAAGAAAGAAAGUAUGGAUCAAUACGGGGGAUAUUAUUCUGGUUGGGCUCAGAGACUAUCAAGACGACAAGGGUGAUGUGAUUCUUAAGUAUACUCCUGACGAAGCUCGUCGCCUUAAAGAAAGGAAUGAAUUACCCGAACACGCGAAGAUAAACGAAAAUGACGAGCAAGAGGAGGGAGAGAUUGAAUUUAGUGAAGAGGAGGAUAACAAUAUGCCAUCGAGUGGUAGUGAUCGAAGCGAAGAAGAAAGUGAGGACGAAGAGGAAGGAAGCGAUAGUGAGUUUGCCAUCUUCAAGUCUUAUUGUGUUAUUGUGGACAUGCAUCUCUGA